AUGAACCUUAUGAAUAGUAUCUUUCGAGAUUACUUGGAUGAUUUUGUGCUUAUAUUCAUUGAUGAUAUUUUGAUUUAUUCCAAGAACAAAGAGGAACAUAAGAAGCACUUGAGAAUAGUCUUGCAAUGGCUAACAGAUCAAAAGCUUUUUGCUAUGUUUUUGAAGUGUGCUUUCUUUCAGGAAAAGGUGCAAUAUUUAGGCCAUGCUAUAUCUGCUGAAGGAAUUUAUGUUGAUUCUAUAAAGAUAGAGGCAAUUGUAGAUUGGCCAACACUUCAAAGUGUUACAAAGGUUAAAAGUUUUAUGGGUCUUGUAGGAUACUAUAGGAAGUAUGUGGAAGGAUUUUCUAGGAUAGCAACACCUAUUACUUCUUUUCGAAAGAAGGGAAAGAUAUUUGAAUGGACUGAGAAGUGCGAAGAGGCAUUUUAG